UCUUAGGGUUAUAGGCGGGUUUGUGAAUCUUGAAACUCUCUUACUUCCUAAAAUAAUUGAGUCUGAAACUGUGAUAGCCCGAAUAUUUUCUAUGAACGACGAAAUUGGCAAGAAACUUACUAAGCUUGUCUAUAACCGCUUUAUUGAGAAGAGUGAAUUCGUCUAUCUGAAAAGAUGCUCCGAGUCAGUGCAUCAAUCUCUUAUGUGGGAUGAUGAGGUGUCUAUCAACACUUAUAGUUCACGGCAAUAUAAGCGUUAUAUAACAACAUUGAGGUUUGAAAAGGACGAGCAUGGUCCAUCAUCUACACAAAUAAUUCUUGGUGAAUUUCUCAGAGAAUGUCCUCAUUUGGAAUGUAUCGUAUUGGUUAAGGAAGAUUGGACUAUUGUUCUGCCGAAUCCGGAUGAUUCUAUUGAUCGGAAACUCAAAAUCAAGUUCAUUGAAAUGAAAAUUAAUUUACCGACAAUUCGUCAGAUCUGUGAAUCUAAACUUGUGAACAAGAUUGUACUCGAAAGAGUAGAAAUCACAUACACCGAGCCUGUAGAAACUACCAUUUCUGAUAUACCCAAAGUAAGUUUAGAAAGUUUUAUUUGCAUUGGACUAAGCUUACAAAAUAAGGGAUUUUAUGAUCUUCUUGAACAAAUGCAGAUUACAAAACUAAGAUUUACAGAGUGCACUGUUGAUGUCGAGUUACUAGAUCGGAUAUUUAAUAGUGAGCAAAUGGCUAAUUUGAACGAGCUUAUGUUCCGUAAAAACGCAUUGUGCAACGGUUCCCGGUUUGAUAUAAGCAAACUACGCAGCCUGACCUCUAUCAACAUUAUAUGUGUGGCGUGCGAGCCCAUUCAUAACGAGGAAAUGUCUCAAGUGUGCCAAUUCCCUGUUGAAAGAAACUCUUCAAGCAAUUAUUUGCCUGAAUUGGAGAACAGUAUAUAUUGUACUAUGUUAGAUCUAUCACUUCAUGUUAAUCUAACAUCUUUGAUGAUCGAUAUAUGUCCUCAGAACUACUCUCUUUUCAAAAAACACGUGUUUAGGGCCGGUAAUCUUAAACUCCUGACAUUGCAUGUUACUGAUGUGUCUAUCGAUAUCUCAAAGAUUUUGGAAAGAAAUAGCUCAAUUGAGAUUAUGUACGUAGUUGGUUGUAAGAAAAGCCAAGUGCUUGUUACCCACCACAAAAGAGUGCGUUCGCAAUGCAAAGAGCUAAGACUGAUGGCUUUUAUCAUCAAUAAUUCAGAUAUUUUUAAGUACAUUGCUAAGCUUAGGCAGAUCGAAAAACUUGAUAUAAGUCACUCAUUACUGAGUGUUGAGCAUAAAAAAAUGGUUCGAGCAUUUUAUUUCCGUGUAUCAGAAGUUAGGUUAAGCAUUUACGUUAAAUACGCAGAUAAGUUGAUUAUAGCGUUGAAAAAAUUAAAUUUUGAUGCAAAGAAGAACAGCGUGUCUUUCAUAGUAGUUAAUUAAACGGUAAUUGAAGUAAACGGCGAAGUUUAUUAUUCAUCAUAAAAACAGAAAUGGCACGGUUAAUAUAUAAGUAAGUUGCAAUUACAAUUAUAUAUUUUUGGGUAUAGAGUGUUCAUAGCUGUACACCGCAACAUAGUUUUUGACAUGUUCUAGGAAAAGCACUACGUUAAUUUUAUAAAUAUGUGCUUUAAGCGAUACUUUUCCACUAAUCCACAUAUAAUUAUGGUACGAUAAAACAUACUAUUUCUGAUUGCCCCUUACAGUAUUUACUAUACUAUUUUUUAUUUGUCUGAAGACAGAAUGUAUAAAUAAAAUCUUCUCC